ACCGUAUGAGGAUUGUGACGUGGUGAUUGGUCAUCUAACUGCAAAUUGAAAACUACUUAGGUUAGCCAUAACUACGUUGUGAUCAGGUCGCCGGGCGUCUUUUAUACGUGUUAACGAGGUUUAUUCGGUUGUUUUGACGGGAAUAAAACAGUUUGUUGCUGAAUUGUCUGAUUAAACAAUCAGGUCUGCGUGACCGUGUCUGCUGCGACUGACUGAGCGGAACUCCUGCGGCGGCAGCAUGAAGCUCUACACCAUCAGCAUCCACCAUAAAGGAGCGACCAAAGCCAACCUCCUCAAAUCGGCCUACGACCUCUCCUCCUUCAGCUUCUUCCAGCGCUCCAGUGUUCAGGAGUUUAUGACCUUCACCAGUGCCUUGAUUGUGGAACGGACAACACAAGGAAGUCGUGCCUCCGUCAAAGAACAAGAGUACCUGUGCCACGUGUACGUGAGAAAUGACAACCUGAGCGCCGUGGUCAUCGCAGAUACCGAAUACCCACAGAGAGUUGCUUUCACAUUGCUAGACAAGGUAUUAGAGGAGUUCUCCAGGCAAGUGGACAGUAUAGACUGGCCCUCUGGUAGCCCUGAAACCAUAAACUACAAAGCCUUGGAUAUUCACCUUGCUAAAUACCAGAAUCCCCGAGAAGCAGAUGCAAUGACCAAAGUGCAGGCAGAGCUGGAUGAGACAAAGAUCAUUUUGCACAACACCAUGGAAAGUCUGCUGGAGAGAGGAGAGAAGCUGGAUGACCUCGUGGCGAAGUCGGAGCACCUGGGCAACCAGUCCAAAGCCUUCUACAAGACUGCACGGAAACAGAACUCAUGCUGUGAAGUUAUGUGAAGCUGCUGCCUCGUCCUCGCGGACACGCCUCUCUCUCUCUGCCUUUUUCUGCUCUUCCUACAACUCCCAUCACGCACCAGCUACCAGCUCUCGACACCAAGGACGGGGACAGACGGGCACCCAGUCUAAGGGUGCGACGGGGGUCCAAGGCGGGUCUCCUUUGUCCAGAUUGCGACCGAUGGGGGCUGAAGGAGUGACGGGGGGCUUUUGUCGUGAGGGAAGAAGUACCAUUCAAAUUAUUUUUAACCUCAAACAUCCGUGUGGUGCGUCAAUACCAGCUGCGGACAUUACAGUGUGACGUUGUGUGUCGGUGGUGUGUGUCGUUGAAACCAUUUAAUGUUAUUCGGAUUGGAUCAGAUCUCCACAGUUUGAUUUCAACUCUUAAAGUUCUUAAACGAGUAUUAACAGCACAUGUGCGUCUGCUUUGGGGGCAACUCUUGACAAUCUCACAGUCUCAUUUUGGGAUUGCAUUAGACGCGUCACCCGCUUCGGUUCAAUUACUGUCAAAGCCCAAACUGUUGUUUUUUUUGUUUUGUUUUUUUACUGUCCUAGCUCCUCAACAUCAAGUUAUAUUGGGAAGAAAAAACCUUAAUGUGUGCCCAAAACGGCUUGCUGAAUUUUUACAGUGAUUUGGAAAUCAUAGACUGGAUAAAGUUACGUCUUUAAUUUGUCUCAUAGUGCUAAAUGAAACUUUAAAACAUUCCCACUGUGGGGUGAGUGUGUUCUUGAGUGAGAUGAUGUGAAAUGUAGAGAGAUGAUUCUUCAUAGCCGCAGCCUUAUUGCAGCGCGGCUUAGAGACCCUUGUUGUCUCAUGAGGAGGACAGGAAUCUUAAGCUGUUUAGCUACUUUAUGCAUCGUAGCUGUAUUUUUUUCACUCAAGUAAUCCACAUACGACACUUAAGCAGGUCUGCGGCUCGUCUGCACCUCUGAAAUCUGGGAUCACUGACUUUGAUUCUGGGAAAUCUUCUCUUGAGACAUAUUUGAAAGAGGACUGGUGUAAAAUGAGUGAAUUUCACAUCCCUCUAUUACUUUAAGACACUCCGUAGCAGACUCUGAUUUUUUUUCAGUUUGCUUUAUAUGUAGAAAUGUCUUUCUUCAGGAUAUUCUGAUCAGUUCAAGAUAAAAAAGAUGCCUUCAAUAGUGUGUUUUAGAUGUUUCUCUGCUCUCUCUCUGUCUCUCUGCCAUUCGUGUGUAUGAUUUGCAGAUAUACAGCAUUGAUGUCGAGUGCCUGUGCCUGAGGAUCGUUGUGUGUGUGUGGGAUCUAAAUCGCUCUUUCUGCUUUUACAGUGUAAACUUUUUGUGCAAUAUGUCUGCAGACUGUCUCUCUUUUAUAAGCGGAGAGAAUAAAUGGGGAGACCUCUCUAAAAGGACAGUAAAAUUGACCUUUGUAUAUGCUAUUCUUCUGACUAAUUCCCAUGUGAAGCCUGUCCAAGGGUGUUUCUUGAGAUUUGUUUAAUUUCUCCUUUAUAAAAUUUCCAGUUAAUGUGCUAAAUUUGAAUAAAUCGGUGUGUUUAAACGGUCUGCAUUAAACAUUUUGAUCUGGAUUUGGUGUUUGCAAAUCUAAAACAAAGACUUCAGAUAAUAAACUGUUCUUUUCUGUCUGUAUGAA